CCMUCUUUUUGAAAGAAAAUCCAUCGCUCCCUCCUCACAUAGACCUUUAGAGUUUCUCGGUCGUGUUGCCGAAUCGCAGCCGAAGCACAACAAACAAAAAAGUAGUAUAUCGAAAAUCGACAGAAAGAGUCACCGAGCUUCUUCCAAGAAAAUUAGACACACACAGUUGAACAAUAUGGCAUCACUCUCCCUCCCACCGCCUCGAAAUUCGACGGGUGUUGCGCUCUCUUCCACCAAAGCCAGCGACGUCGCUGAAAGCACGGAAAUGGUCGUCAGCUCCGCCGACAACGACAACGAAAGAACAGAGGACUUUGCACGACCCGCCGCAAAGCCCAAGAGCAACUCCGCAGCCAACAACAAGGCUCCGACCUACCACCAACGCUGCAAGGCGGCGGCGGACCUUUCCCGCCUGCCACCCUCGGAACGAAAGAAAAAGAAGCUCUUCGUUCCACGCUCCCUGAAGGACUUUGACGACGGAGGAGCCUUUCCCGAGAUUCACGUGGCACAGUACCCCCGCCACAUGGGCAAUCCCCACCUCAAGAAAAAGAAGGGGCAGGUGGCCUCUUCGGGGGCCGGUGGCAGUAUCAGCACUUCCCGCGCCAUUGUUAAUGUGGAGGUUGACAAGAACGGGGAAAUUUCGUACGACGCGAUCGUCAAGGGUGGAACCAACUCGGACAAAACCGUGUAUUCCCGGUACGAGGAUCUUCGCGGGGGGGAGGCGAAACCGGAAGACGUUGCCCUUCCCAGCGCAGCAGAGGAAGCCGAAACCGCAAACCGCACCCAAUUGGCCUUGCAGAAACUCCUGGUUGAUAAGACCGCUCUAAAUAAGCCUUCUGGAUCAGCGAUUGCCAACGCAAACACAUCGAAAGACAUUGAAAAGAAUACUCAGUUCAUCAAAUACACGCCGCGACCGGAUGCCCCCGGUUAUAAUCCCGCGGCCGCACAACGCGUGAUUCAGAUGGUUCCGGCCCAGGUCGAUCCGAUGAUGCCACCAAAACAUCAGCACAAGAAGGCGCCACGGGGACCAGCGGAAGACCCCGUCCCGGUUCUUCAUGCACCGCCCCGAAGGUUGACCAAGGAGGAACGCGACCAAUGGAACAUCCCCGCCUGCAUCAGUAAUUGGAAAAACACGCGCGGUUACACGAUUCCGCUGGACAAGCGAUUGGCGGCCGAUGGACGAGGACUGCGGGAGCACACCAUAAAUUCGAACUUUGCCACACUCAGCGAAAGUUUGUACGUAGCGGAACGCCAAGCGCGACAAGAAGUUCGGCUUCGAGCCCAGGUCCAAAAGAAACUAACCAUGCAAGAAAAGGACCGACGGGAGGAGGAGCUGCGGAGAUUGGCCAACCAGGCCCGUCUGGAGCGAAGCGCGGCCUUGGGCGAGGCAAGCAGCGCGAAAGAAGCCGUGAGCGACGAAACGGGCGGAGAUCGUCGGCCACAACAAUCUUCAAUUUCCGACGAAGAGCAUUCCGACGACGACAGAAGCCAGCGCCAGAGCAAUCAGAAAUCGAACAAGGUGGACGAGGACGACGACGUUGUUGCCGCGCGACAACGAGAGCGUCUCCGAAAAGAAAGACGGCGGGAACGAGAACGCGAGCUUCGCCAAGAGAACAACGCGGAACUGAAAAAAAGAAAGCUUGAAAAAGAACGAGAUGUUUCAGAAAAGAUUGCACUAGGGGUUCACACCGGAUCAGGCGGAGCAGGAGAGGCCGAUUCGAGGUUGUACAAUCAAUCCGCGGGAAUGGAUUCUGGUUUCGGAGCCGAAGACGAAUACAACACAUACUCGAAACCUCUCUUCGAUCGCCAGGGUGUAACCUCGGCGUCCAUCUACCGGCCCACUCGGGGAGAAACGGAACACAACGCCGACGAGUCUUACGACAAGCUCGUGAAGGGGGCGACGUCGAAAUUUCAACCGUCCAAGGGCUUUGCCGGAGCCGAGGGUGGAGCAGACAUACAAGCGGGACCAAGAACAGCGCCCGUCCAAUUCGAAAAAAGCUAAAACGAAGCAUUUCAUAAUGAUGUAUCUUAACACUGGAAGUGGCAUGCGACACCCGUAGUUAAACGUCGUUUCAAAAGGCCGGCAGGUAGGAAAUAUUUAUAAGAGUUGAUCUACCCUAACCUCUAUCAAUGACAGUUAGAUGGUCACUGGGGAAUACGAAUCACCAAUUGAUUUCGAAGAAAUCAGCAAAGUCAAC